UAAAAAGCCCUCCUUUCCUUCUCCUCUCUACUGCUCUCCUCUGAAAUUUCAUCAACUUCUUCUUGUAAUUAAAGUGUUGAACAAAGAAAAACUGGUGGGUUUCUCAUAACAUUUUCUAUCAUUAACUGUGAUCUUUGGAUUCUGAAGUAGAAUAAGAUCAAUCAUGGAGGCGAAUCUAAGUCCCACGCAAACACGCAAAAGAAAUCUGAAAUCGGUGGUGUGGAAGGACUUUGAUCUGAUUGAAGAAAAUGGAAAAGAGAAAGCAAAGUGUAAACAUUGUGGGAUGAAGUAUAGUUAUGAUUGUAAAAAAGGUGGAACAUCAACUUUACAGCGUCAUGUUCGAAAGUGUCACAGGUCCGAGUCGAAUCAAAAUGGUUUACUACUCUUAUCUCAAUUGGGUGAGAGGGAUUUUAUCAAUGACAGUGAAGACAAGGUUGUUGACAUGGAUGAAGAAGAAGAAGAAGAAGAUAAGAUUGAAGAGGAUCCCAGCUUUGAGUAUAAACGCAAAAGAAAUCGGAAAUCUUCGGUGUGGAGUGAAUAUGAUUUGGUUAAACGAGAUGGAAAACAGAAAGCGAAGUGUAGACAUUGUGGCAUUGAGUAUCUUCAUGAUAGUAAAAGAAGUGGGACGUCGACUCUACAACGGCAUGUUCGAAAAUGUCUCAAGCUUGGGCCAGAUGAAAUGUCAAAGGGAGCUGUAGCCGCUAAUACUGAUAGUCCCAUACCUCCGAGAGCUAAUGUUGGUCAGUUACUGUUACCACAAGUGAGUUGGAAUGGUGAUACAAGUACUCCAUGUGCAGAGAAGGUGAACCAUGUAGAGAAGGUAACCCGUGUAGAGAAGAUAAACCAUGUAGAGAAAGUAAACUGUGUUGAGAAGGUAAAUCAUGACAUCUUUCGUGAAAAAAUAGCCAUGUCAAUUGUAAAACAUAACUAUCCACUUGAUAUUGUGGAGCAUGAGGGAUUUAGAGACAUAUGCAGCUAUCUAAAUGCUAAUGUUAAGCACAUUUCCAGAGACACUGCUCAAGAAGAUAUUUUUCAAUUGCAUAAAAAACAAAAGGUUCUCAUAUUUAAGAGAUUAUCACCUUCCCCGGGGAAUGUAUGCCUUACACUAGAUUUGUGGAAGUCUGGUACUACAGAUGGGUAUAUAUGUUUAGCAGUUCAUUUUAUAGAUCCAGAUUGGGUGCUACAGAAAUUGGUUUUGAACUUUCUUCAUUUGCAAACCCAACAGGAAGACCAUGUAACUGCAAGUAUGGUGGUUUCUGUGUUAGGUGAAUGGGGAAUUGAAGAGAAAAUAUUUUCUAUUACUUCGAAUAAUUCAGAUGUCACAUGUGUUAAAGCACUGAUGGAUCAACUUUAUCUGAAGGGUGUUCUGCAUAAUGCAAGGUCAUGUUUCCAUGUGCCUUGUUGUGCGCAUAUUUUGAAUCUUAUGGUGCAAGAAGGGUUAAGAACAGUUAAUGUUGCAGUUGAGAAGGUUCGUGGAUCAGUAAAGUAUCUUAAAGCUUCCGAAGUAACAAAUGCAUUGUUCUUACACACUGCUAUGAAGUUGGACUUGACACCAACGCGGGAUCUAUGCCUAGAUGUUCCUACAAGGUGGAGUUCCACCUCUAAUAUGCUCGACAGUUGCAUCGCAUACCAGAAAGUAUUUGAGCAUUUAAAGUUAAUUGAUGAAAACUAUCAAGAUUGUCCUACUUCAGAAGAGUGGGAGCAAAUUGCUGCAGUUUCUAAACUUCUUAAAGCAUUUUAUGAUGUCACAAAUAUGUUUGCUGGAAGUAAGCGUCCUACAGCAAAUGUAUAUUUCCAAGGAAUAUGGAAGAUUCAAAUGAUUUUGAAGAAGGAACACAGCAGUUCAAAUGAAAUCGUUAGGCUUAUGGCUGAUAGAAUGCAAAUACAGUUCGUCAAAUUCUGGACAGUUAUCAGUCCAAUACUGGCUAUAGCAGUUGUUAUGGAUCCGCGCAGGAAACUUUCAUUUGUGGAUUUUUGUUACCAAAAGCUGUAUCCUGAGACUUACAUCCUCGAGGUGAAAAAGGUUCGUGAUAAGAUGGAUUCACUCUACCGACAGUACUCGUCAUGCAAGUCCACAGAAAUCACAAGCAGCGCAGCAGCUAAUAUGGGAUCAGUUGCUGAAGCAAAUUCUACCUUCGAUGUAGAUGAGAUUGGAGAAGAUUUACAAGAAUUCGCCUCAUUUCAAAGCUUAGAUAGGCUGUCACAGAUGUCAGAAUUAGAUUUUUACAUUGUAGAACCACCGCUUCCUUUAAAUCAUGACUUGGACAUUCUACAUUUUUGGAAAUCUCAAGAAUAUCGAUAUCCUAACCUUUCACGAAUGGCACGCGAUAUUUUAACCAUCCCUAUAUCAACAGUUGCCUCAGAGUCAGCAUAUAAUAGUGAAGGAAGGGUACUCGACCAACAUUGUAGUUCAUUGACUCCUGAAAUUGCUGAAGCAUUGGUAACAACUCGUGAUUGGCUAUAUGGAGUAAGUCUGUAGUGAUGCCUUGAUGUUUCAUAUGAAGUACUAGGCCUUGAUGUAACUCUCGAGUGUUAUUUUUGAAUGUCCCGCUCCUUUUCUUUUGAGUUACGUCUGAUGAAUGUAAUCACAAUAGGUUGACUAAAAAUGACAUUCCCCCCUAUUUCAUGGAUAGAGUUAUUUGCAUCACGGUUGGUAAAAAGUUUUGACAAACACAUGCAGUCUACUAAGUUAAACGGCUGAAAAACUCAACCUCAUGGAUGCAAUCGCAAAUUUCUACUUAGUAUAAGUGUGCUUUAUUUUAAAUUGGAGCCGUUAAGUAUAAGAGUUGUUUCCUUCUGUAAAGGCCAGUUUGUACUUUGUACCACAUUCUGUAAUCGAUUAGGUUAUUAUUUAUUUA